CAUAACACGCAUAUGAACGUCAUUUUAGUGUUUUGAUACAUUCCCUGCAAAAUAUUAUUUUUUUAUUCUUGAUUUUCUCCCCAAUUUACAAAUCCCCCAAAACUCCUUUGCCAUGGAUGUCCUUCAGUGUAGCAUCAAAGAUGGCGAUCAGGUGAAUUUUUUAGACGACAGGGCCUCUCAUUUGCGCACUGGGGGCUUAUUAAUCUUUCAGCUCGGGCUCCGUGGAGAUGGAUUUUGCGGAAAUUGUGGAGGAUCUUAAGGCCACGCUUGGGGCGAAGAAGUUCAUCUGUCCACUGUGCAAUAAGAACUUCCGCGACAAGUCCGGCCUACGGAGUCACAUGAUGAUCCAUUCGGGUGAGAAACCUUUCCAAUGUCAGGAAUGUGGGAAGAGCUUUACUCAAUCAGGUGCCCUUAAUGUCCACCUACGGACGCAUACGGGUGACCGGCCAUUCUCGUGUGAUCAGUGCGGGAAGCGUUUUGUCCAAGCUGGGCAGCUCAAAGUGCACCUACGGACGCACAAUGGGGAACGCAUGGAGGUCUGCCCACUCUGUGGGAAGCGCUUCAUGCAGAAGGGACACCUCAAGGUGCACAUGCAACGGCAUCGUGGUGAGAAACCCUACGCAUGCACCCAAUGCGGGAAGAGUUUCCUGCAACCAGCUCAACUACGGACGCACAUGCGAACGCACACCGGUGAGAAGCCCUUCCAGUGUCAACAAUGUGGGAAAAAGUACGCUCAAGCUAGUUCCCUCAAACACCAUCAGUUGCAGCAUCAGUAUCCAGGAAUUGAAACAAAGCUGUUAAAGGUUCGCGCAACGAGAUCGAAGGUUGAAACUAAAAUUGCUGCUAAUACGCACCCAGUACCACCAUCGUCGCCUUGUCAUUUGGACAUCUUUAAAGCCAAGCGCUACAAUACGAGUAAUAAGCCAAGAACUCAUGAGUGCCAAGUGUGCAAGAAGCGCUUUACGCAGGCUAUUACACUGAGGGUGCAUAUGCGUCUGCACACGGGUGAGAAGCCCUACCAAUGCCAUGAGUGCCUUAAACGAUUCACCCAGGAGGGUCAACUAAAGGUCCACAUUCUAACGCACACGGGUGAAAAGAGGCUUGAAUGUCCAGAAUGUGGGAAGCGCUUCAAUCAAAUGGGACACCUUAAGCAGCAUAUUCGUACCCAUACCAAAGAGAAGCCAUAUCAGUGCUCCAUUUGCCCAGCUGCCUUUGCUCAGACUGCUCAUCUGAAGGCUCAUCUUCGAACCCAUACGGGGGAACGCCCAUUUAUCUGCUCUGAAUGCGGAAAGAGCUUUACGCAGCCAUGUAGUCUUAAGACGCAUAUGCGUCGUCAUGAGAUUGAUCGUUUUCACGCACUCAGUGGGAAUCCACAUGAGGGAUCAGUUUUUGGCAAUGGAGAUUUUGAGAAGAUUGAUAUGGAGAUUUCCGGAUAUGGGAUAAUUAUUUCACCCACAGAGCUACACUACGAUGCUUCAACUGAUUUCAGCUCAUUCUCCGAAUGUGAUUCACCAAAUUCCCUCAAUUUCAACGCAUCUCCGGAUGAAAAUGACUUUCAAGGAGACUUGGGGGCAUUUGGGGAUGAUUUUGAGCAGAUCCCAAUGGCAGCACAAAUGGUGGAUCCAAGUCUCUACCCGGAAAAUGGGGAACUACUAGAUAUGCAGGCUUUUAGUCCAUUUGUGGGUAAUCUUCCGCCAGAACAAUUUGCCGAUAUGGUACAGGAAGAAGCAAUCCUAACACCAUUUAUUCAGCAAACAAUGACCAAGGAGUCAUCUGAUUUCUUGGACAAAACUUCUGAUCUAAUGUGGCAAGAUGCUUCUAAUGUGAUGCAAGAUAAAUCCAUUCCAAUGACGGAAAUUGAUGGAGAAGAUCAUGGUGAACAAGUCGGAACGGUUCCCAUGACAGAAACUCUAAAGAUCCAGGCUAGAGAACGAGAGGAUCCUAAUUUUUUGAUAAGAGAUUUGAAUGUAGAAGCUAGAGCUCAAGCUAGAGCUCAAGAAGAUAAUGCUGUCCUGGUUAAGGCCUAUGCAGCAAAAGCUGAUGAACAAGAGGAAGCUUCUUUCCUGUCUAAGGGAUCAGACAUGGAAGUUGGAGAACUAACUGAUCCUGCUAUUCUAGCAGAAGUAUCGGAAAUUAAAGAAGGACAGCAAGAAGAUCCAGAAUAUCCUUCAUUUCUGAUUAAAGGAUCAGACGUAAAAGCUAGAGCUCAAGACGAUCCUACUUUUCUGGUUAAUGGAUCAGGCGUAAAAGCUAGAGCUCAAGACGAUCCUACUUUUUUGGCUAAUGGAUCAGACGUAAAGGACAGAGAACAAGAUGAUCCUACUGUCCUGGUAGGAACAUCAGGUAUGAAAGCUAGUCAACAAGGAAAUUCUUCUUUCCUGGCAAAAGCUUCAGGCGUAGGAGAUCAGGCUAUCUUGGUAGAAACAUCAGACUUGAAGGUUAAAGAAAAAGCCAGGGGGAAGCAGCACGAAUGUCCUGUUUGUGGGAAAUGUUUUCCUUUCCUAACGCGCCUCAGGCAGCAUUUUCGUGUUCAUUCUGGGGAGCGUCCCUAUGAGUGUACAACGUGCGGAUUACGCUUUUCGCACCUAAAAACAAUGAAGCGUCACCAGUCUGUGCAUACGGGUGAGAAGCCUUUUCUCUGCCAGGAAUGCGGAAAGGGGUUUGCCCACGAUAAGAACCUAAAGUGCCAUAUGCGAACGCAUACUGGGGAAAAACCCUACGAAUGUGCCAUUUGCGGUAUGAGAUUCUCCCAAUCGGGCACGCUGAAGAGUCAUCAGAUGACCCAUACGGGGGAGAAGCCCUUCGUUUGCCCCGAAUGCGGGAUGCGCUUCGUCCAAUCGGGAUCCCUGAAGAUCCACAUGCGAAAGCACACGGGGGUGCGUCCGUACAAAUGCCCCGAAUGCGGAAAGGAAUUCCCCAAGAAUACCCAAUGCAAGACCCAUCUACGUACCCAUACAGGUGAAAAGCCGUACAGGUGCGAUGUGUGCGGGAAAGGUUUCUCCCAAUCAGGGCAUCUCAAGAGCCACAUUACCAAACAGCACGGAAACACCAAAUAACCUUGGCGGGGAUUUUCUUCCUUUCACGCCAUUCCGCAACGUGCAAUAAUAUUCGUGCUUUUGUCUUUAUUAUUCUCCUACCUACCUACCCCCUAUGUAACAUUCAGGAGGAGCACCCAUAAGUGAUGUAAUUGCCAUUGAGGGAGCACACUCCUCAACAUAUUGUGAAGAAAAUACAAAAAGAACUUUCUAAUGUUGAA